UCCUCCCCUAGGGUUCCCUGCAGCCGGCGGCUGCCCGAAGGGGCGGAGCUGUCCUCUCAGAUAUAAGGCUCCGGAGCCAGCAGCUGCAGCUCCCAAGACCUCCGGAAGGCCAUGGUCUCCCCGCAGAUGCCCCAGCUCCUCUCCCCGACGGUGAUCCUGGUGCUCUUUUUCCUUCCCCAGACACGGCCGGCCGGCGUCUUCGAGCUGCAGAUCCACUCUUUCGGGCCGGGACCAGGCCCGGGCGCCCCGCGGUCCCCCUGCAAGGCCGGGGACACCUGCCGCCUUUUCUUCAGGGUCUGCCUGAAGCCAGGGAUCUCCGAGGAGGCCGCCGAGUCUCCGUGCACCCUGGGCGCGGCGCUGAGUGCGCGCGGACCGGUCUACACUGCGCAGCCCGGAGCGCCAGCGCCUGACUUGCCGCUGCCAGACGGCCUCAUGCGCGUGCCCUUCCGGGACGCCUGGCCGGGCACCUUCUCUCUCAUCAUUGAAACCUGGAGAGAGGAGUUAGGAGAACAGAUUGGAGGGCCCGCUUGGAGCCUGCUGGCGCGCGUGGCGGGCCGGCGUCGCCUGGCGGCCGGGGGCCCGUGGGCCCGGGACGUGCAGCGCGCAGGCGCUUGGGAGCUGCGCUUCUCCUACCGCGCGCGCUGCGAGCCGCCGGCCGUUGGGGCCGCGUGCGCGCGCCUCUGCCGCUCGCGCGGCGCCCCCUCGCGGUGUGGCCCGGAACUGCGCCCCUGCCCGCAGAUUGAGGACAAAUGCGAGGCACCGCCAUGUCGAGCAGGCUGCAGCCCAGAGCACGGCUUCUGUGAGCAGCCCGAUGAAUGUCGAUGCCUGGAGGGCUGGACUGGGCCCCUCUGCACAAUCCCUGUCUCCACCAGCAGCUGCCUCAGCCCCAGGGGCCCAUCCUCUGCUACCACUGGAUGCCUCGUACCCGGGCCUGGGCCCUGUGACGGGAAUCCGUGUGCCAACGGAGGCAGCUGUAGUGAGACCCCGGGGUCCUUCGAAUGCACCUGCCCCCGUGGGUUCUACGGGUUGCGGUGUGAGGUGAGCGGGGUGACAUGUGCGGAUGGACCUUGCUUCAACGGCGGUUUGUGUGUGGGAGGUGCGGACCCCAACUCUGCCUACAUCUGCCGUUGCCCGCCCGGUUUCCAAGGCUCCAAUUGUGAGAAGAGGGUAGACCGGUGCAGCCUGCAGCCAUGCCGGAAUGGCGGGCUCUGCCUGGAUCUGGGCCACGCCCUGCGCUGCCGCUGCCGCGCGGGCUUCGCGGGGCCGCGCUGCGAACACGACCUGGAUGACUGCGCCAGCCGCGCCUGCGCCAACGGCGGCACCUGCCUGGAGGGCGGCGGCGCGCGCCGCUGCUCCUGCGCGCUGGGCUUCGGCGGCCGCGACUGCCGCGAGCGCGCCGACCCGUGCGCCGCGCGCCCCUGCGCCCACGGCGGGCGCUGCUACGCGCAUUUCUCCGGUCUCGUCUGCGCCUGCGCGCCCGGCUAUAUGGGCGCGCGGUGCGAGUUCCCGGUUCACCCCGACGGCGCAGGCGCGUUGCCCGUGGCCCCGCCGGGUCUGAGGCCGGGGGACCCGGAGCGUUUCCUUUUGCCACCGGCUUUGGGACUGCUGGUGGCCGCGGGCUUGGCCGGCUCUGCGCUCUUGCUGGUCCACGUGCGACGCCGUGGCCCUGGCCGGGAUACUGGGUCUCGCUUGCUGGCGGGGACACCGGAGCCAUCGGUCCACGCGCUCCCUGAUGCACUCAACAACAUGAGGACAAGGGAAGGUGCCGGGGAUGGCCCGAGCCCGUCCUCAGAUUGGAAUCGCCCUGAAGAUGGAGACGCUCGUUCGGUUUACGUCAUAUCUGCUCCUUGUAUCUAUGCUCGGGAGGCCUGAGCUGCCCCUUCUCCAUCAGCACCUGGGGACAGAACCUGGAUAUUUUUGUAUUCUCUGCUUCAGACACUUUGGAGUUCAAGCUGGAAGGGGUGAAGGGGAGGGUUUUACCAUUGGAAGUUGUACAUAAUGGUUAUUUAUAUCGUAUCUCUUUUUCUCUCCCCAUCUCUCCAGAGACAUCUAUAAAGGCUCUUAGUUUGAUCAGCUUUGACUCAUCAAGUUGAGUGCUUUGUAUGUGGUUUUGGGGCUGAGGUGAGAGAUUUUGUCUCCCAAGAAUAAUAGUCAGGACUCUACUGCAGGGGUCAGAAACAACUCAAAGUAGUUUAAAUAAACAAGAGAAUUUAUUAGUUUAUAAAAGUGAAAAUCCUGUGGCAGGUGGUAGCUUUAGCAGGGCUAGAUUCAGGGGCUCAGUGUUUUCCUCCAGUUGUCUCUAGGAUGACUUCAUAUGUAGACAGGCUUUCAUUGGCCCUGGCUUGUCACAUGGCCUUGCUCAAACUAGGGGCCAGGCAGUAUGGCUUAUUUUGAUUGGCCAGGCUUGGCCGUCUGUCUAGUGCGUGACAGGGAUUAAGGUCAGCCUGUCCAAACCACAUGGAAUAUGUGGGCAAAGGAGUGUCCCUUUCUGUAUCAAAAAUCAGCGUUUGUUACUAGAUAUAAGUACUGUACGUGGCAGGCAAACGGACAGAACCAGUCAGUGAGAGCAGAAAGUAACUAUUUUACAGGGGAAUGGGAGGCUCAGAGUGGAGUAACCGCUGCAGCUCCUUCCUGAUGAGAUGGAACAAAUGUAGGUAAGAUCUAGCAGAGAGGGGGGACCUUCCUAAAUUUGGGGACUAUCCUAAGACAGUUCAUCACACAUCUAAUACUGCUUCUACCACUGAAAAUAUAAAAAGCCUGCAUCAGCCAAUUUCUGCCAAUCCUCCUUCCCCAUAUUUUCUAGUGGGGAGUAGGCUGGGACAGUGGCCAAGCACUUUUGGAAAUGAGCAAAAUCAUAGGAACUGAAGAUGAGAGAACAGAGAAAAGUAACAAAUGGAAUAUAGCAACAAAUGAACAAAUGAAGGAGUCCUUUUAUUAGAACAUCAGCCAAGGGAUCCACAUGUUCUUUUAAUUCAGUCAACGAUACCAUAUAUUGAAUAAAUACUUAUACAUACAAAUUCUCCUUUCAAGUUUCACUAUAUUGAAUUUCUGUGUCAAGAGAUUUAACUGUACCAUUAAGGAAUAUGGACAUUGAAACAAAAGCAUACUAUCAAAUGAUAUUUAAAUUGAGAUUAAAGGCAGACAUCAACACCAGCCCAUUGUUCCUUCAAAGACAACGCGAUAUUCAGAGGCCGAGUCUUUGCUGCCUUGAACAAAUUAUACCACCUGCCGAGAGAGCAGAACUCAAUUUAAAAGCAAAGAUGGGAAACUGUGUUACACGCAUCAUGUAUUUUUUAAAAAAUUUAUUUUUAGCUG